AUGAAUGGAAAUUCGAUGCUUUAUAAUAAUAAUAAUAAUAAUAGGGAUAAUAAUAUAAUAGAAUCACAGUCCACCAAAAAGUAUAAUCAAUAUCUAUGUCCAUCACAUACAUGUGAUCCAGGAAUAUUAUGUAGAAAUAUGUUUGGAAUUUAUCAAUGUGGAAGUCAAUACGAUGCAUAUGCGACGAUCGAUUCAUAUCCAGUGAAAAGAUGGCAUGAAGAGGAUCAUAUUUACACAAUGUACAAAAAUGGAAUGGUUAUAGACGAAAACGACGAUCCAGAAUCACAUUUAAUUCAUUUGCCACCAACAGUGGAGUAUGUCCUUCAAUCGAACCCCUAUGAAUUUAGUUAUGUCCUAAGGGGGAUGAACAACGAUGUGGCGACAACCAUCCGUUUUAAAAUGAUAUCAUUCACUACACAUCCACGAAACAAGAAAAACAUUAGUAGUAUUUCCAGUAGCAAUGAUAAUUCAUUGAAUGAUAUCAAUAAUAGUAAUUAUGAUUCCAGUUUGAAUAGAUGUUAA